AUGUCGGACGACGAGGCGGACCCUGAGCUUCUGGCUCUCCUGCGCCAACACCUCCAAGGCAAGCCCGCCGUCGAGGACGAGCCCGAGACGGGCGUGCUCGAAGGCGCAGAAUUCGUCUACGACCAUGGCAUCGACGUGGCCAUCGACAUGCGGGCCACCAAGAACGCCGCCGAGAGCAUCUACAACCAGAUGCAGGAGAAGAGCUUUUCGACGGCCUCUUGGUCAGAGCAUGAGCUGCACCCCAAGGCCAAGGACGAGGCUACCGUCGCCUUCAUCUUCACCAUGGACCUGCUGAACUUUUCGUUCUGGUCCGAGCUGCCCGACGAUGAGAGAUUCGCCAUUGAGUAUCGCGGAAAGAGAUGGACGGGGUACUGGAGCCUCGUUGCUGCGCUGCAAAGAGCGCUUGAUGAUGACAUUCCGAUCACCGACCCGCACUUUUGGCAGAGCGAGGACGAGUGCAACCUCGAGUCGCUGCGGCACAUCUUUCGCUCUUGCACGGAGGAAGGGAUGCCGCUGCUAGAAGAGCGCCUUGAAUGCUUGAGAGAGAGCGGCCGGGUUCUUUACGAGCGGUACGAAUGCUCCGUCACCAACCUCAUCGCCUCGGCAGACGGCUCCGCCGCACGCCUGGUCAAUAUCUUGGCCCGGGACUUCUCGUGCUUCCGGGACGAGCAUUCCUUCCCGGGCAGAGAGAAACCCAUAAGGCUGCUGAAGCGGGCCCAGAUCUUGGUUGCGGACCUCUGGGCCUGCUUCCAAGGCGAAUCCUACGGCACGUUCCGCGACAUUGACAAGAUCACCAUGUUUGCCGACUACCGGGUGCCGCAAAUACUAAUCUCUCUCGGUGCGCUCUACUGCAGUCCGUCUGUGGCCACGGCAAUCAAGGACAAGCAGCUGCUGAAGAGCGGCAGCAGCUGGGAAGUGCAAUUGAGAGCAUGCAGUAUAUGGUGCGUGGAGCUGAUCCGGAGAGAAAUCCGGAGGCAUCAUCCCAACACUCAUGUGAAUGCCAUUUUGAUAGACUUCUUCUUGUACGACAAGAUGAAGGAACUAGAAGCAGAGGGGAAAGAGGCGUUCCCUCAUCACAGGACGAGAAGCAUAUGGUACUAG